CCGGCGCCGUCCCGCCACCCCCGCGGCGCGAGCGGCCGGCCAUGGCCCUACCGUCGGGGGCCCGGCUCGGGGCCGACGCGACCCAGGCCCUGAGCGCGCUGUGCGGUUACCGCGCCUACGGGCGCCGCUGGGUCUUUCUGCUGGUGCUCAGCCUGCUCAGCUUCUCCAAUGCCACGCUGUGGCUCAGCUUCGCGCCCGUGGCCGACAUGACUGCCCACCACUUCCUCCUCUCCACUGAGCAGAUCAACUGGCUUUCACGAGUCUACCUCGUGGCAUCCAUCCCAUCCGGCGUGGUGGCCAUCUGGGUUCUGGAUUCUGUUGGGCUCCGCUGGGCAACCAUCGUGUGUGCGUGGCUCAACUUUGCUGGGAGCGUGUUCAGAACCGUGCCCUUCAUGAUCGAUGAAAUCCAGGACCCAUUUGCCUUCCUCAUGGGUGGGCAGAGCCUCUGUGCCCUGGCCCAGACCCUGGUCAUCUUCUCUCCAGCCAAGCUGGCUGCCCUGUGGUUCCCCGAGCACCAACGAGCCACGGCCAACAUGAUUGGCACCAUGUCGAAUCCCCUGGGCAUCCUGGUGGCCAACCUGCUUUCACCUGCCCUGGUGAGGAAGGAGGAGGACAUCCCCAUCAUGCUGGGCGUCUAUAUCAUCCCUGCCGGCAUCACCUGCCUGCUGGCCACCGCCUGCCUCUUGGAGAGCGUGCCCCCCACCCCACCCUCUGCUAGGGCCGCCCACUCCACCUCAGAGAAGUUCCUGGAUGGGCUGAAGCUGCUCUCGCGUAACAGAGCCUAUGCCGUCCUGGCCGUGUGUUUUGGGGGCGGCAUCGGCAUCUUCUCCAGCUUCUCGGCCCUCCUGGAGCAGGUGCUCUGUGUGAAAGGCUACUCCAACGAAUUUACAGGCCUUUGCGGGGCUCUCUUCAUUGUGUUUGGGGUCCUGGGAGCACUGGCUCUCAGCCUGUAUGUGGACCGAACCAAGCACUUCACUGAAGCUGUCAAGAUUGGCUUCUGUCUCACCUCCAUGGUCUGCGUGGCGUUUGCCCUGGUGUCUCAGCUGCAGGGACAGACCCUCGCGCUGGCCGCCAUCUGCUCACUGCUCGGGCUCUUUGGCCUCUCGGUGGCACCCAUUGCCAUGGAGCUGGCAGUUGAGUGCUCCUUCCCCGUGGGUGAGGGUGCGGCUGCGGGCCUGAUCUUCGUGCUGGGGCAGGCCGAGGGCGUGCUCGUCAUGGUGCUGCUGACUGCCCUGACCGUGCGUCGUGCAGAGCCGUCCGUAUCCACCUGCCAGGAUGGCCAGGGCCCGCUGGACUGGAAGGUGUCCAUGCUGCUGAUGGCUGGCCUCUGCACCCUCUUCAGCUGCUUUUUGGUGCUCUUCUUCCACACCCCGUACCGGCGCCUACAGGCUGAGGCCAGCGCGAGCUACUCCAUCCAGGAGGACGUGUCCCCUGCACCUGGAGACCGUGAACCCCACCCGGCACCCACCCCCUGAGGCUCUACCUCGGCACCCGCACGAUCUCCAGCACUGGUGCUGUAGGAAGCUCAGGGCAACUCAUUCCUAGAGCUGUUCUCCUGGCCCCACCUUCUCGUUCUUGGGAGCCCUGAACCCCUGGAACCCUCAGGACUUUCAGAGAUGUCACAAAGGUCCCUGCUGAGGACUGGAAGCCAAGAGAGCAGUUACUGCAUCAAGAAGUGGUUCUAGAGACAUGAAGGGGAGGCCAGGAGAGGCAGACUUUGGUCACAGGGUGACAUCUUCCUGCAGGUGCCGGAGGGACUUGGGGCAAGGCAGGAUGGCCCAGAAGAGACCCUGUGGCCGUAGCAAGAGCUGUUGGUGCUGUAUGACGAGCAGAUGCCCCGUGGCCAGGCUGGACCCAGGGGGGCUGGUGCUGGAGCAGUGAAUGGGGCAUGAGAGACAAGAGCUAGGGGGAUGGAUCGGGGGUCCUGAGGGCCCCUAGCACGACUGAGUCUGGAGUGGACAGUUGUGAGAAAGGCUGUCCUUGAGGAAUCCCACCCGUACCUUUACUCACCUCUGCCGACCACUGAGUGGCCUGACCCCCAGCACGAGUGCUAACACAGUGGGUGGGGCCAGGCUGGGCCGGGAGCGGGAAGCAGACGCAGGGCCCCACAGGCAGCCCGCUCCCUCCCCCAGCAGACCCUUCCCCUCCAGACUCUCCUGUUUCCAAGCAAACACUCCCACCCACAGUACACCCUCCCCACUCUCUCCCCCGCAAGGCAGACGCUUCCCCCACCCUCCUGGCAGAAGCUCCCCGCCUGCAGACUCUCCCACCCCCAGGUGGGACACCUCCUCCUCUCCCUCUGCAGACACGGGCAGGCAGCUGUGUAGGUUCGUGUUUAUUGAACUGGCUGCAGCCCGGGUGGAGAUGGGGGGAUGCCCUUCACUCCUCCUUCUCCUCCCCGUGGGUGAGCACGUAGCUCAGCGCCUUGUAGUCCAGGUUGCCUGCAGCGUCGAUGUUGGCAAACUGGAACAUCUGGUCGACCUGCAAACCAGUAUGGUGUGGGGGAGAGUCAGGCCAGGGAGGAGCGGACGGAGCAGAGUGGUCCAGUGAAUUACAGGCACUGAACUCCAGCCA